AUGUCCACGGAUUCUCCCAUGGAAGUGACCAAGGAUGAUGGACCGGCCAUCGAAGGCAAACCGGACAACCGACGUGCCUCUGUACGGUCGCGUCGGAAGAAGGGCGACGACACCAACACCACCACCGAUACUCCUCCAAAACCUAAAAAAGAACCGAAAGAAAAGCAAACUCGAGCAACUCGUCGCAGAAAGAAUUCUAACACUCCUGCCGCCCCUCGCAAGAAAGUCAAGCAGGAGCAAUCAGAAGAAGCCACACCCGCGGCGCCAGCACCUGCGACGGCAAACCCUCGGAGUCCUCCCCAAUCACAACCAACACAGCAAUCACAACCCCAACCUCCACCACAACCUCAAUCUCAACCUGUCCUGACGCCUCCGCAACCUGCUCCUGUUGCCUCGGCGCCCCCGGCGCCGACUUAUACAAGCCCUCAUCCUGCACCGGCCGCAACACCCAACUAUGCCUUGUCACAACCAUAUUCACAACCGUCGCAACCUCCACCCCAGUCGACUCAACCUGCCCCGCAACGCACCAGUGGUCAAAACUUCGAUCCGAUUAGAUCGGCCUUUGACAAUCCCUCUCCAGCACCAGCCUAUAGUCCGACGCAUGCCAAGUCGCCGCAACCUAAUUAUCGUGCAAGCGCGUCACCCGCGAUCUCCAGCAUCAUUGACCCACCCGCCCAAAAUGCCCGCAUAUACACUCCACUGCCGCGCUCAUCCUCGGCUCAUGUUUCCGCUGUGUCCUCCCCAGUGCCAACGCCUACAUACCCAUCAUUAGGACCGUCGGCGCUACCCGCGUCGUCACCGUCGCAUGGACCGGGCCAGGUACCACCGGUACUACAAUCUUCCAGCCAUUAUAGCACUCCCUACCCGCCAUCAGAGCAACGUCCAUACCAUUCACAACCUCCGACAUUAGAGUUGUCACCACCGGCCUUGCAGCAACAGCAGCAGAAACCACAAGUGCAGCCGCAGCCCCAGGUCCAGGCCCAGUCGCAGCCCCAACCCCCGCAACCACAAACCCCAGCGCAGAAGUCUACGCCACAACGACCAACUCAACAAGAUGAUGCAAUGGAGAUUGACUCCAAGCCGGUAAAAGAACAGCCGGUGCCGAGUGCAAAAAAAGAAAAGGGUGCUGCGACGGCUUCUUCAUCGAAAGCUCCAUCUCCCAAGCCGGCGCGCGCAGCCAAGGAAACUCCACAGCUCCCACAAGGAUCUGGCUUAAUAACCAAUGCGCUGUUCGGUAUGGGAGGCGACGAUUCUUCCAAGUCACCCGACUCGCGCACUACCCCCAACAUAGUGGUGCACAUCCCGCUGUCAAAGGGCAACCAGAUCAUCAAUUUUGCGCAGCUGGCAGAAGAACAGUACGGCUUUGCUGCCUUGCAUCCUCGUUUAGCGGCUCAUAAAGAUCGCCUCGCCCGUGUGGCUGCCGCUGGUGCUGCAUUGGAGCGAAAUGAGAAGGGAUUGACCGAAAGUGCGGAUGAGGACUUGAGUCUCGAGGUAGACCGCGACAGCGACGUGGAUGGAGAUGUCACCAUGAGUGGUCCGGGAACUGGCACUAACGGUGUGACUUCGGACGCCGGGGACGGCAAGAAGAAACGACGCAAGAAGGUCGAAGAGUACGAUCGGGAUGAUCCUUUUGUAGACGACACGGAGAUGGCGUGGCAGGAACAGGCUGCGGCCAGUAAAGAUGGAUUCUUUGUGUACAGUGGCCCACUGGUGCCAGAGGGGGAGAAGGUCCAGGUGGAACGUGCGGAUGGAACGAUCAAGCGCGGUCGAGGACGUGGCCGUGGUGCGGGUCGCGGCAGAGCAUUGGCUUCACAUCCCCAUGUCGCCAUCGCUGCUGCUGUGCCCAUCUCACAGGAUACCGGUCUGCCUCUCCGUGGGCCCGGUUCAAGAGGAGGCACCUCGCGCAGGCCACGAGGAGCUAAGAAGGCCGAUCAGGGUGAUAAGGGCACCCCUGACCGAAAUGGCACUACUGCAUCUGCGGCCCAUGAAGGUCGCGGUGGCCGUGCAGGAGGCGCUGCGGGAUCCGGCCGUGGGGGAAGUUCUGCCAGCACUCGUGGUGGUAAAUCUAGCUCGAUGAUGAGCUUGAUGGAUAUGGCAUCCUCGCCUUUGUCCAACCCCACUCCGAAUAUCACCCCUGUCCCGGGCCCGAGUCCUUUGGCUGGACCGGAGUUGGUUAUGAAAUAG